UGAUUCCAAUAUUUUCUAUAUUUUCAGAUCAGGAUGGUGAAGAUAGGUUUACAGAUUAAAGCAGUUCUGGAGAAUGUUACUGGGAUAGAGGCAGAGGGAGAGGAUUUCAGGUGGUAUUUAAAGCUUAAAUGCGCCAACUGCGGAGAAGUUCCGGAUCAUUUUCAAUACAUUACAAGAUCAGAGAACCAACCUCUCAAGGGUGGUAGAGGAGAAGCAAGCUGUGUUAUAAAAUGUAAACUAUGCACUAGGGAAAACUCAAUUGAUAUCCAAGAGGAUAGCCUGGCAAGCUACAACCAGGAGGAUAACAACAAGUUUAAAACCAUAGUUGUGUUUGACUGCCGUGGGAUGGAACCCGUUGAGUUCUCUCCAAGGAACGGUUGGAAGGUUUGCGGGUAUACUGAGGACGAGGAGGGAGAAGGACGACUCACUGGAACUGAGUUCUCUGAUGUUGAUCUAACUGAGCUUGAAUGGGCAGAUUAUGACGAGAAGUCAAAUCAGUCAACCGUCAUCUCAGAAUUCCAGUCUCAGUUUGUAACCGUGAAGUCAAAAUGAAUAAAUCUGCCAGUGUGAUUUUUGUGAUAUACCUAAUAUAACCUUUAACGCUGUUUUAUUUGCAUCUUUUUCCAGA